UAGCGAGUGAGUUGCGGGUUAAUCGUUAUUCAUGAGUUGUGGAGUCGUUGUAAGUUGUAAGUUGUAAGUUGCCGAGUUGUUGUGAGUUGCUAAUUGAAUCCUCCACGAUGAAGCUGUCGAUCGCCCUCUCGAUAGUGUUAAUUUUCUCGCCGCUGAUUGUAGUUGGAAAUAUUAUUGCGAUCGACUACGAAACGGUCGUGAAUGAGAUCUGCGAAAACGAAACUUUAACAUUACACUUCAGUAGUUCUACAGAUUUUAAUGAAAACAGUAUUGUUUCUCCUACUCUAAAAUGUAUCGCCAUAAAAGGUUACGUUCCUACAUUCAAGAAUGGAGUUUUCAAAAACGUGCCAAAUUUGAAAUUCCUUGACCUCAGUAAUAAUCAGAUCUCUUCGGAUGAUUUAUUCACUUUUGGUAAUCUUUCAAACGUGAAAAUACUAAAUCUCUGUAAUCAAAAUGGUUACCGAAAUUAUAGAACAAUAGUGGACAGCGUGUAUCCUGAACUUGAAUAUUUGAAUUUAAGACAUGCUGGAAUACAAGCGUUACAAUCGUCAUUGAGUAAUCCAUUUCCAAAACUGAAAUAUUUGGACCUAUCAGAGAAUCGAAUCGAUUCCAGACAGUCUUUGUCGAUAAAUAUGUUCUCCACAUUAACGCACCUUGAUCUGAGUAGCAACAAUAUUGACCAAUUUUCAUUUACUCGAAUGGAAAAUCUGUUGUCGUUAACGUUAGAUCAUAACGCAAUUCGGAAUCUUGAGUCAUCUAUGGGUAUUGAUCUGACGGGGCUGGAAAAGCUGGAGAAUCUGUCGCUAGCGUACAAUAAGAUCUCGUACAUUGAUAGUAGUGCAAUUGAAACAAUGCCCAACCUUCGGUAUUUGAACUUUUCUGGCAAUUCUUUAUCGCUUUUUAAUUUCGAUAUGCUUAAAUCAGUGAAAUCUUUAGACAUUCUUGUACUAGAUAGUAAUUCGUUGGAUAAUGUUCCCAUAACAGCGCCUCUAAACAUAACUCAACUCUCGUUGAAUCGUAACAAUAUACGUUAUUUAGCGAUUAACACCUUUUUCUAUCUGCACAACUUAAAAAAGCUAUUUCUAAGCGAGAAUAAAAUCCAGAGCAUCCAGGCGGACGCGUUUCAGAAUCAAGUGCUGUUAGAAGAGCUAUAUCUGAAUGACAACCAAUUAAGUUAUUUACCAAUAGGUUGGUGUGAAUCUAUGAAAAUGUUGCGAUAUCUAAAUUUGGCGGGGAAUAAAUUCGCUUUGUUGGAAUCAGUGAUUUACUCCUCCGAUUUGCCCGUGCAACACUUACACUUUGAACGCAACCCUCUUACGUACAUUAAUGGUAGUUCAUCUCGACUGAUACCAGUAAAUAUGACGAUUUAUUUAAACGUUAAUGUAUCAUCUCGGAGUACGUCAUAUGUACGUGCAAGUGCAGGACAACUUGACUUAUAGCAGUGAUAGAUAGAGUGUAGUGUUGAGGUAUAGACAUCUACUACAGAACCAUGUAUUGAAUGAUUUGUAAUCUAAGAAGUUGUGAUUAUUAAACGCCUCAGGUUUUACUGUAUAAAUAAACAUAUUGUAAUUACUUAAUAAAAAGACUCAUUGUA